AUGAAGGUGGCUGGCUGGCUGCCUGUUGCUUCUAAAUUAUCCAGCCUGCGUGACCCUCUCAAGAGUAGAGCCGGUAAACCGGGACUCCGAGCCAAAGCAGAAGGAGGAGUGAGGGGGGAUUCCGAAGGGGCGGGACCUCUGUCCGGAAGCGCGGUCGGGGGAGGGGCCUGGGGCGGAGCCGCUGGGCGUGCGGCCUCCCCUUGGACUGAGGGGCGGGACGAGAGGACCAGAUAG